CAUCGCAGACUCCCCGCCCCUCUGUGACCAGCAUCUUUUUUAUGGCGGCUCGGUCGGUCGGACGCAGCAACAUCAGCGGCAGAAAGAACCCGCUGGAUUCAGAUUACCGUGGCCCGUCACCACGGAGACGUCUAUCUUUGCAGGAGCUGGAGUGUUUCUGGCGUCUUCCCUGCAUGAAAUGUCCACGCCGGAUACAUUUAAUCAUAAAUUAGUACUUGUAACAUUCUAGCUGCUCGGGAAAAAGGAGCCGCAGUCUUUUUCAGAACACUCCCUCUCUACACUUCGCCUGCUCGAACGGGAUCCUACAGGUCACGUCCGAUCUUUUGGCAAAGUUUUGAAAAGAUGACCGCCAUGCAGAAGCUGCUGCAGCUGCCCGUGAACGCCGUCAAUAUGGUGAAGACGGUGCAGAGUCAAGUGCAGGGGCUGGAGGAGGACAAGAGCCCCGUGCUGACCCCCGACGGCGCCCAGCAGACCUGGUACAGCGCCCUGAGGCCCGAUGAGCUGCGCCACCUGCGCUCGGGGGGCGACGGAGGAAGAGAUCACGAGGAACGAGCGCCGCUGGAGGACGGCGGCGGCGGGAGUUCUCAAAGUCAACCUUUGCGACACGACGACCUGAAGGAGAUGCUCGACAGCAACAAAGACUCGCUGAAGCUGGAGGCCAUGAAACGCAUCGUGGCCAUGAUUGCUCGAGGUAAAAACGCAUCAGACCUUUUCCCCGCCGUGGUGAAAAAUGUGGCUUGUAAAAAUAUUGAGGUGAAGAAGCUGGUCUACGUUUACUUGGUGCGUUAUGCCGAGGAGCAGCAAGACCUUGCGCUGCUCUCCAUCUCCACCUUUCAGCGAGGCUUGAAGGAUCCCAACCAGCUGAUCAGAGCCAGCGCCCUGCGAGUCCUCUCCAGCAUCCGAGUCACCAUCAUAGUUCCCAUAAUGAUGCUGGCCAUCAAGGAGGCUGCGUCCGACAUGUCGCCGUACGUCAGGAAGACGGCCGCCCACGCCAUCCCCAAACUCUACAGUUUGGAUCCAGAACAGAAAGACCAGCUGAUUGAAGUCAUUGAGAAACUUCUUGCUGACAAAACCACUCUGGUGGCGGGCAGCGUGGUUAUGGCCUUUGAGGAGGUGUGCCCGGAGCGGAUCGACCUGAUCCACAAGAACUACAGGAAGCUGUGUAACCUUCUGAUCGACGUGGAGGAGUGGGGUCAGGUGGUCAUCAUCAACAUGCUGACCCGCUACGCCAGGACCCAGUUCCUCAACCCGAACAUAAACGAGUCCCUGCUGGAGGAGGGCGGGGGUGACAAGACCUUCUACGGCUCCGAUGACGACGAGGACGAAGACGAGGAGGAAAAGGAGAAGAAGGUGGAGGCCGUCAUGGCCAAGAGGAAACCGUACGUGAUGGAUCCGGACCACCGGCUGCUGCUGAGGAACACCAAGCCACUCCUGCAGAGCCGCAACGCCGCUGUGGUCAUGGCCGUGGCUCAGCUCUACUUCCAUCUUGCCCCCAAAGCAGAAGUCGGGGUAAUUGCCAAGGCUCUGGUGCGUCUUCUGCGGAGUCACAGUGAAGUCCAGUAUGUGGUUCUUCAGAAUGUGGCUACCAUGACCAUCAAGAGAAGGGGGAUGUUUGAACCAUACCUGAAGAGUUUCUACAUCCGCUCCACAGACCCGACCCAGAUUAAAAUCCUCAAGCUGGAGGUUCUCACCAAUCUAGCCAACGAGACCAACAUUUCCACCAUUCUCAGAGAGUUUCAGACGUACAUUAAAAGCAUGGAUAAAGACUUUGUGGCCGCCACCAUCCAAGCCAUCGGCCGCUGCGCUACCAACAUCGGGGAGGUGAGGGACACGUGCCUGAACGGCCUGGUGCAGCUGCUGUCCAACAGAGACGAGUUAGUGGUAGCCGAGUCGGUGGUGGUCAUCAAGAAGCUGCUGCAGAUGCAGCCCGAGAAGCACAGCGACAUCAUCAAGCACAUGGCCAAGCUGACGGACAACAUCCAGGUGCCGAUGGCGCGAGCUAGCAUUCUGUGGCUGAUUGGAGAAUACUGCGAGCACGUUCCCAAGAUUGCCCCGGACGUCCUGAGAAAGAUGGCAAAGUCCUUCACUAACGAGGAGGACAUAGUCAAGCUGCAGAUACUCAACCUGGCCGCCAAGCUCUAUCUCACCAACUCCAAACAGACUAAACUGUUGACGCAGUACGUCCUCAACCUGGCCAAGUACGACCAGAACUACGACAUCCGUGAUCGGGCGCGCUUCAUCCGCCAGCUCAUCGUGCCCACCGAGAAGAGCGGAGCGCUCAGCAAGUACGCCAAGAAACUGUUCCUCGCCCUCAAGCCUGCGCCCGUCCUCGAGUCUCCGUUUAAAGAUCGAGACCACUUCCAGUUGGGUUCACUGUCCCACCUGCUGAACGCCAAAGCCGGGGGCUACCAGGAGUUGCCCGAUUGGCCUGAAGCCGCCCCAGAUCCCUCCGUGCGCAACGUGGAGGUGAAGGAGUCUGUAUUUACGCUGCUUGAACGAGUCACAACAUUGACCAGCGUGCCCGAGUGGACUAAGUGCAGCAGCCGGGAGAAGAGGAAGGAGAAGAAAGUGGAGAAGCCCUUCUACUCUGACUCCGAGGGCGAGUCCGGGCCGACCGAGUCUGCCGACAGUGAGUCGUACUCCAGUGGCUCUGAAAGUGGAAGCGGGAGUGGAGAAAGCGGCUCUGGAUCAGAGAGUGAGGAGAGCGAAGAAGCUUCCGAGUCGGGGGAAGAAGAGGACGAAAAAGAGAAGAAGAUGAAGAAGAAGAAGGAUUUCAAGAAGCCGGUGCAAGAAAGCGAAAGUGAGCAGAGCAGUGAGGAGGAAGAGAGGAAGCGUGCGAGGAAGAGUAAACAACGCAAGAGCGACUCCGAGUCGGAAUCGGAAGACGAGCAGAGCGAUUCUGAAAGCAGUGAAUCGGAAUCGGAGGACUCAGAGUCUGAGGUGGAGGUCAAAAAGAAGAAAAAGACGAUGGAAUCAAAAGCCCCUCCUAAGCCCGUCAAAAAAGACAACAAGAAAGAAAAGAAAGAAAUGUCGCUGCUCGAUCUUGACGAUUUUGAACCUGCGCCUUCGCCUCAAGUGACGCCCGUCAACGCGUUCCUGUCCAACAGCCUGGUGACCGACCUGGAGGGUUUGUCUUUGUCUGACAGUGUUCUCUCGCCCACGGCCACCUCGCCUUGCAGCGGCCUGAAGAGCUACGAGCUUCUGCACCGCAUCACGGGCGAGGGACUGUCGGUGGAGUACUGCUUCAGCCGACAGCCGUUCGGCGCCGACGGCAACAUGGUGGCGGUGCAGAUGCAGUUCACCAACAGCGCCGCCGCCGACGCCAAGAACCUGCACAUGGAGGACGUGAAGCUGCAGUCCGGGAUGAGGGUCAAAGAGUUCCUGGAGAUCGAGCUGCUGCCUGCGGGGGAGUCGGCCACAGCCGUGAUGGGCAUCGACUUCUGCGACUCCACACAAGCGGCAAACUUCCAGCUGUGCACUCACACCAGGAAGUUCUUUGUGUCCAUCCAGCCGCCCGUCGGAGAGCUGAUGAAACCCUUCUUCAUGACGGAGAACGAGUUUAAAAAGGAGCAGGGUCAGCUGAUGGGCAUGAACGAGAUCACGGAGAAGCUCACUUUAGAUGAGAAGUGCCGUAACGAACACGCCAUCGUCCAGAAGGUGGCCACGGCCGCCAACCUCAGCAGAGUGCCCUGUGGAUCAGACAAAGAGUGCAGUCCUCCUCUCCCUCCUCCUUUUCUUCUUCCCGCACACAGGUUCGCCGGCAAGACGGUGACCAGCGGCAGCCUGGUGCUGGUCACCGUGGCGACCAAGGAGGAGGGCGGCGCCCAGCUGACGGUCAACUGCGAGAAGAUGGUGAUCGGCACCAUGCUGGUCAAAGACAUUCUGCUGGCGCUGACGCAGUGACGCGUCGUCCGCGACCUCCGACCCCUCGUCUUCACUCCGACCCCCGCACCUGCAAGGAACCUCCUGGAAUGAUUGAAAGUGUCUUUUCUUGCGACAAUCAGACAAAUGAGCGUCAGCCUUGUCAAGUGAGAUUGACAUCCACAACUUUGUCGCCCCCUGGUGGCUGCGUACAAAAAGACAUCUCACCUUUACCAAGUACAUGUUUGUUAUUUAUUCCAUCACAAAUGUUUUUCUUGUUUUUUUUAAAAGGUAGCUAAUAGAAUGUAGCAUGACUGUUUUCUCCCGAACAUUAAAUGUGUGCUGCAGUGCUGCUGUAUGUAUGUAUGUGUGUAUAUACUGUAUAUGUAGUAAUAACCAGCUAUGUAAUGUGAUUCUUUUUUGAACACGGGGAAAUCUAAAAUGUAAGACUCCAAUUAAAUUAAUUAUUAGAAAAAUUAUAACUUUAAUUUUUCUCCACUUGGGCCUUAAAAAAAUUAAUACAUGAGUAAAAAUAACCACAAUUUAUACAACAGUUGGCUUUAAAAGUAAUAUUAAGUAGAUACUGUAUUACCUUAGGUAGUUUACUUUUUAAUUCGUUUUUUUUUUUACAAUUUAAAUUAAAUGUCCAUAUUUGAUGUCUUUCCUUUUCUCACAUGGCAACUGGUCUAUUUAUUUUCUUACUGUUGAUGAAUGUAAAGGUUUUUAUCGAAGCAGAUUUAACACAUUUGUGGCUCGACUAUUGUUUUUUUCUGCAUCUAUCAGAACACUAUUUGUUUUUAAUGGUAACAAAGGGAACAUACCAGAGGUGAACAUGUAACCAAGUUCUCAUUUGAUUUGAUCAAGUUUUAUUUCACGACAACUGUGUGGUGCUCCUGAGUAUUUUUUAGGUUUUAUUUGACCAAUAAAAAAACAUAAAUCCUGUAAAAUGUUG